AUGGCAACCGACACCAAGCCACGUGCAGAUGUGAAUCGAUACCUCAAAAACACUGUACACGACCUGCUCUCACUGAAGGGUCGGACUAUCGUUAUUACUGGCGCUGCACGAGGUCUCGGCCUUGCUUUCGCUUUUGCUAUCGCGGAGGUUGGUGGAAAUGUCGCCAUAUUAGACGCUGCAGACAAACCCCACGAGCAUUUCGAGAAGCUGCAGAAGGAUUUUGAUGUCAAAGUCAAUUACUACAAGAGCGACGUAACGAACUAUGAGGUUCUGAAAGCCACUUUUGACGAGAUUGUCAAAGACUUUGGCCGGAUAGACGGCCUGGUCACCGCCGCAGGAAUCUGCCCCGACCAACCCUUCCUCGAGCGUGCCCCUGACUCUGUCGCCCGCUGCAUGAACAUCAACGUUCUGGGCACAUACUAUGCGGCUCAACUUGCAGCCGCACAGAUGGACAAGCAGGAGCCCACGGAAUUCAAUCCCCGUGGUGGAAGCAUUGUCAUGAUCGGCUCCAUUGCGGCGUACGUCGCGAGUAAGGGCCAGGCGACAAGUGACUACUGCGCGAGUAAGGGAGCGGUGGUCGCGUUGGCAAAGGCGCUCGGUGUUGAAUUAGCAGCCAAGAAAAUUCGAGUCAACAGCAUCUCUCCUGGAUAUAUGGCGACGGACAUGACUUUGGAUCUUUGCGAUCGCAUGCCAUGGUUGGGCGAUAUUAUGCAGAAUGAGCCUCCUAUGCGGAGAAUGGGCGACAGGACGGAUUUGAAGGUUCCAGUUGUAUACCUGCUCUCGGAUGCUGCGGCGUAUCAUACCUCGGAUGACAUCUUGAUCACUGGUGGUAUCCAUGCAGGACGAUUGAUGUAG